GACGUGGUAUCAAAUAAGUCUCAAAUAAGUUUCUAUGCGUGGGCCUGUCUGCUGCUGGCCGUGUUUUGUAUCGGCCGAGCAGCAUCUGUGAAGCAUAUUGAACGUUUCAACAAUAUGUUAUCGUGUGCCUUCCUACAAGGUGAAGACGGUGCAUUUGACUGCGUACUCAGCUGUUGUUUGACACUGCCAUUCUUGGGGUUGUCAUGCCCUGUGUCUCGACCGAUGCUGUACUUCGGGAAAAAUGAUGCUCCAAUCAUCAGAAUACCGUUGUCUUCCUGCUCCGUUCAUUCAGUGUGUGAACCGUUGAUGUUUGCACGGAGCAUGUGUACAUCGUAUGAGUGAUCGUUCGGCGAUUGUGUGAAUGUUUCGUGCCAGUUUGCUACCACUCCUGCCUUUAAUUGCUACGGCAGACGACGUCGUGUGCUUUGAAAUUUACAUCAGUUAGACAUCAGUACCCAUGGCUGAUGCGGAGAAACCGUUUGCCUGCGACGUGUCAGGCUGUGGAAUCAAGUUUGUCUGCGAAGACAAGCUGACGAGCCACAAAAGGAGGCACAAAAUGAUGCUGUCAUUGAAUUUCGCGAACACUGGCGCAGGCCCAAGGAACUGCAUUGAGCAAACUCCUACACCAACGAGAUUCAUGGACAUAAUUGAAGAGGCAGGCCUGUUUCAAGAGCUCCACCCUGAAUUCACGACCCCCGAGCCUGUUCAUGCUGUCAAUCCAUUUGAGGCGGACUUUCGUAGAGCAUCUAGCGGGGAAAUAGUCACAAAGGAGCCAAGCCACAUCCCUACCACAAGUGAGCCACUCAACACACCCUGCAUUCUGCCUGUCACCGCCGACCCACUUUCACUGCGGGGUCAGUUCACUCCAGCUUCAGCAGUUCCCGAAUUCGGGCGAGCCCCUUUACUCACUCUCAAAGCAGAGGUGUCUAACGACAGCACUAGUGCACCGUCAUCCAGUGAACCAUCUGUCUCAACUAGUGCUUCAACUGCAAGUGAAAGUAGCAUUUCACUUGAAGAGGCAACAGUGGUUGCAGCUGCUGCUGACGCAAAGGAGGAAGCAUCACCAGGACCAAUCAUUAGUGACAAACCUACUGUGCUUCAAGUGAGCACGCCUGCUGAGGCGCAAGCUGCUGUGACUGGGACAAUUUCUGCUGACGGUGUCCUAGCGGUGACUAGCCCUGUUGCCCAAGUGCUUCCAGGAGUUUCCACGAACAAGGCGGCACCAGUUGUAGCCCCAGUCAUAGCACAAGCUGUUACUCCUAUAUUGUCACCUGUGAGCUCAUUGCCUGGCUCCAAGGCGACCACCAUCAUUACACCUUCAAAUGUUAUUCAGAUUGGUGACAGUGUCCAGCUGCUGAUUGUAGCCAACUCAGCUCCCACCAUCGGGGCCGCAACACGAUUGCCUGCUGAGUCUGUUCCUCUCCUGCAACAGAACACAGAAACAAAAUUGAAAGAUACACUAGUUGUCAAAGGCCUCAGCAGUACCAAUCAAAAGCAGGCAACAAAAUGUGCGCUGCCCACACCUCAGAUGACCAAGCCUCCAAUUGCAGCAUCAGACCCAAAUCUUAGCUAUAGAAAACACCGAUGCAUAGAGGCCAUUGACGAUGAACGGAAAAAGAAAAACAGAGAAAACAACAGGUAUGCAGCACAGAGAUCCCGGGCCAAGAAGAAGCGCCAGUGUGAGGCCAUGAGAAAGGAGUUGGAUGACUACAAGAAGCUGUGUGCGGAUCUGACAGCACGAAACCUGGAACUCAUGAACCAGAGGUCUAUGUCAAGAGAGAUGGAACUGCAGUACAAAGAUGAGAUUUUCAAACUUAGGAAACAGCUGGCCCUCCACAGCAGCUGCUCCAUUACCUUGGAACUACAAAAGAAAGAAAAGGACCGCCAAAGCAAUCAAGGGAAGCCAAGAACAGAAAUUGUUCCUCAGGGUCCUGCGGCUAUUACGUUGUCAAGCACAUUGGCAUUGCCAACUCAGUUGUCACUUCUGGUUGCCGCAAAGGAUCCACUAACAAGGACGGUGUUGAAGUGAAUCGAAAAGAACUGGUACUUCCAUUACGUGUCUUGAAGACCUCCCGCUGGACAAUCAACUUUUUUAUCCUCAAGAGAUAGAUGGUACAUUAUUUUUUGUUUUAUUUUGCUGCCUUUUCUCACCUUUUGUUGCCAUAGAAAUUAUAUGGAUGCUUAAGCUCGCCUUCGCACAGUUGCCAUGCUGUCCCAGCAGCCCGUGAGGCAAGUAUUGGAGGUCAUGUAAUCUGCUACAGGUGUGAAGGCAAUCCAGAAGGCUAGCGGCUUAAUGCGUGCUGUCUUUCUGCACGCACUGUGUUGGAAGUUGCAUGAUAUGCCAAAUUUUGGAGGUGCUGGACAGUGUAAGGGCAAAAGGUGCGGCAACAUAAAAUGUUCACUUUGGAGACAACCUACUGCUGGCGGUCCUCAUCACAGCAGCGUUGUGACUAGUGCACCCAGUCACUGGUAAACUAUGUUUGUGUGUCUCUGGGCACAUGAUGCCAUGUACAUUUAGUCAGCAUGCGAACGUUUAUUGUAAAUUAUAUUGCCCAUGAAUCUACAAGUCUUACUUCAUGUAAUAUUCUAAUACUUUGCUAUUGUUGUCAGUGAUUCACCCUUUGGGCAGAACCGUGACUUUUUAUUGUCCUUUGCACUAGGUGCGCAAAGCUGUUUUGUUGCAUCGUUAUUGCUUCACUUUGACUAGUAUGCCUCGUGUAGCUUUUUUAAUUGUUUAUAUUUUUAGUUGCAGCCUUUGUAAAAAGUUUAAAAUGCACUACACAUGUGGCUAGAAAUGUAAUUGGAUUCUUUAUUAGAGCCACUGUAGAAAUUUCAUUGUUUUGAAGCCACGUAGAUUUUGGAAGAAUUCACGACUCUUGAUCUUUGGAGCAAGAGGAGUGCUGUAGGAGAACCACCACAAGGCCCAGUGGCAGUUGGCGUCUCCUAAUGUGCACAGUGUGACUUCGAAACUUUGAUAAAGGCUGCACCUAGGCCAGUAGUGUAGGCACAUUUUGUAUUUUAAAAAAAAAGCAAUAAAGUAAUGUGACCAACAUCUAUACAUUUAUAUUUAGCAACACCUAAUAGCAUCACGCAGUGUCUUAAUGCUACCCCAGAGGUUAUCUUAGAGCCUUUAAGUGCCUCAGGUGUUGUCUGGAUUGCAGCAAUGUAUGCACAUGGAAAUGCCUUAGAUUGAAGAAAAGCAUGCACUGAAAACUUUAGCUGAGGCACUUUCCUCUGGAAGUAACUAUGCAAGUUGUCAUAUACCAUAUUUUCCAGACUAUAGUCUGCACCCAGUGUAUACCGGCAGGGGCCAAUUUAGGUAUAAAAUAACAAGUUUUCUUUAGAUAGCCUGCACUUGGCUGUAGAGAUGAACCUGUACACAGUAGAGAAGCAAAGAUAUUAUUUUCAGCCAAUAAAAGUCUUGGCCCUUUAUUAGACUUCAUAUAGUAGUCAAUCCUAAAAUACAUCAACAUCACUGCAUUUAAAUGUUGCAUAUAAAUUUUACAGCAAGGUUUGGUGCUGAAAAGAGUCUCAGAUUGCCCUCUUCCACAAGUUGUACCAUCAUCAUACUCUACGAAAUCACCUCAUCCCCCAUCCAAUUUAUGUAUCUAGUCGCAUUGAUCAUCAGUAAAACGUCGGCAUUUUGUCAUGCAACACUAAAAGUUUUUCACAAUCGUUCCUGCCUCGAACCUCACGUGACUGAAACCAUCUUCCCGCCGAAGUUGUAGGCCUUAUUAAUAAUGAACAGUUCAAUGAAGCCUUAGCUAAUAUUGUAUAUACAGGUGCCAUUUGAACACUCAUGUAACCAACCGUAUUUGUCUUCUUCAUUCUUUUGUAUUUACCACUCCCCCUCUGUAAUGUCCUUGGCCCUGAGGGGUAUAGUAAAUGAAAAAUAAAUGAAAAAUGAAAUGUGCUCAUAAGUCGAAGCAUUCAAAAGUAGCAGCAUUUGCUUGCAUAUUAUGGACUAGAAAUGUUGCUCGUGCACAGCGACGAUCAUUGUGCAGCUGGUUUCACUGUGUUUUAGUGUGGGAAACAUUUUAAGCUGCAGUGUGAACUUGUUAUUUUCAAGCACACUUUCAGCUUUACAAAAUAAUAUUUUGUAUAGUCCACACUCAUACAUAGUCCGCAACCCGCAAAGUUUCAACAUUAGACUUGUAAAGUCUGCAGACUAUAGUCCAGAAAAUACAUAUAUGAUACGAAACACUGCUACUUGUUAUGCAAAGGCAAAAAGGGCAUUUUACAUUGCGAAGGUGCAAUAUGUUGUAUUGUUGACCAUUUAGGUUUCUAGCUAUAAUCUCCACAGCUGCUAUUGCUUGAUUAUAUAUUGUGUUGUUGAGUGAUUUAGGUCUCCCGCUGUAAUUUAUACAAUUGCUAUUGUUUAACUGAUUUGUUUCCAUUUUAGUCUGUAUAUAUAUAUUUUUGCCACAAGCUGCAUCUGUUUAGAAGCUUGUCGGUAUGCUUUGACGGUGCCUUACAAAUAAAUGUAUUUAAUGUGUU